AUGGUUUUCAUCCAGUCAUUGUUGAUAUUCUCGGUCUCAACACUUGCACUCGGUCAUCUCCUAAAAUGUUAUCGUCGCGGGUUACAGCUACCUCCUGGACCGAAAGGCCUCCCUAUUUUGGGCAACAUCCUCGAAGUGCAAGCGAAACACAAGGAACCACUCUAUAUCACGUACUCCAACUGGUCGAAAAUCUACGGCGAUGUAUUCACCUUCAAUGUCUUUGGCACCCGCACAGUCGUUCUGAAUUCCUACAAAGCGAUCACCGAGCUUCUAGAUCACAGGUCUCACAAUUAUUCCGACAGACCGCAUUUGGUGAUGGCCUGCGACCUGGCGAGAUGGGACUUCAGCUUUGGCUUCAUGGGGUAUUCCAACAUGUGGAGAUUGCAUCGAAGGACAUUCCAUCAGUUCUUCCAGCCUCGAACAAUACCGGACUACUACAACAUUCAGAGGGAGAGAACAGCAUCGCUGGUCCAGAAGCUAGCAACUUCACCAAAAAACCUGUUUCACCAUGUCAGGGUGCAUUCUGGAGGGAUAAUUCUUGAAAUCGUUUACGGUUAUCGCAUUAAGGAUAACGACGACCCUUACGUCAACCUGGUCGACAACGCAUUGGUAGGAUUAAGGGAAGCAGGAGCUCACGGAUCGUUUUUAGUUGACUACAUUCCAAUACUAAAAUAUCUACCGACUUGGUUCCCGGGUGCAGGUUUCAAAGCCAAAGCUGAAGUAUGGGCCCGAGAUGUAGAGCGCCUAAUCGACAUUCCAUGGACGCAACUCAAACGGUUGAUGGGCGAAGGGACCGCCGUCCCCUGCUUCUCUACGCGAAAUCUAGAAAAAUUCGAGGGCAAUAAUCUAGUCAUGGAAGAAGUAAUCAAGAGCUGCGCCGCCGUAACUUUUGUUGCUGGCGCAGACACGACUGUCUCAGCCAUUUUAUCCUUCAUCCUAGCAAUGGUAUUGAACCCUCAGAUUCAAGCCCGAGCUCAGAAAGAAAUCGACGAUGUGCUUGGUUCUUCCAGGCUCCCCGAUUUCGCUGACCGAGGAUGCUUGCCGUAUAUCAAUGCUAUCCUUUCUGAGACUCUUCGUUGGAAGCCUGUUACGCCUUAUUCCUCGCCUCACCGGAAUGUAGAGGAUGAUAUGUACGAAGGAUAUCUCAUACCUGCAGGGUCAACCAUCGUCCCCAAUGUCUGGGGCGUCUUCCACGACGAAUCUCUCUACGGACCCGAGACGAUGAGCUUCAACCCGGAACGGUUCAUGAAAAAGGAUGACGAGAAAGGUCUCCCACCUAAUCCCGAACUUAUCGCAUUCGGAUUCGGAAGACGAAUCUGUCCUGGACGACAUCUCGCCAUGAACUCGAUCUGGCUUACCAUGACUUACCUCCUUGCCAGUUUCACGAUGGCCAAAGAUUUGGACGAUGAAGGGAAAGAAAUCGACCCGGUUGUUGAAUACUCGGAUGGGUUUAUUAGUCAUGCUUAGCCAUCCAUUUCCGUUCAACUGCAGGUUUAUUCCCAGGUCGUCGGUCUUAAUCUAACAGUGCCUCGAGAUUUCGAAUAUUCAACCAACUAACCAAAAGCGACUACCUUCACGACAUGCGCGGGAUAGACGGCACUUUUACGCUCGAUGUAACUUCAUUGUUUUUCCGUACUUGAAAAUUACAAGUCAAC